AUGGCCGGUUUCGGGGUUCACCCUGGUGAAACCCCGAGCGUUAAGGCGGUUGUUGUUCAGUGCCUGAACACUGUUCCAAACGGAACGGUAGAGGCAUUUGUCAUCAAUACACUUAUCACUAGUGCGCCAACUUUCAGAAAUCGAGGGGUUAUCGGUGGAAAGGGAUUUGAGCCCACAGUCGGAUCCUUGAUUUCCAAGCAAUCUGUUAGCCCACAUCCCUUUCUAAAACCUCAUUCUCAUCUUGGCGGCUCAGUUCUCUCUCACUCACUCAGCAAUGGCGAAGAAGAAGAAGAAGAGAGGAAAGUGAACGUCUCCGGAAAACCGAAGCACUCCCUCGACGUCAAUCGGAGCAAUGUCGCCACCAAGAAAGAGGUGCGCUCUGCCGCCACCAUCCGCCGCCUCAAGAUGUACAAAACUAGACCCGUUCGCAACCCCAAGGGCAAGGUCAUAUCCGAGGAGUUUAAGUCCAAGGAGCUUCCCGACACGCGAAUCCAACCUGAUCCCCGCUGGAUCAAAAACACUCAGGUUGUGGAUCAGAAAAAGCUUCAGUUUUUCCUAGAAGAGCUACGACGUCGUAUGUCCUAUCCUUACGAUGUUAUUAUUGGAGAGAAGAAACUGCCCUUGUCACUCCUCAAUGAUCACCAAAAGCAAUCAAGGGUUCACCUUCUUGAUAGACAGCCUUUCACUGAUGCAUUUGGACCUAAGACUAAAAGAAAGCGCCCCGCCCUCUUGGUGUCUGAUUAUGAGUCCUUAGCUAAGAUAGCUGAUGAUUCACAAGAUGCUUUUGAAGAAAAGUAUGGCUCUAGUGGAACUGCAGAAGCUAAUGAAGCAGAUGGAUUUAGAGAUUUAGUGCGGCAUAAUAUGUUUGAGAAAGGUCAAAGCAAACGCAUAUGGGGUGAACUCUACAAGGUCAUAGAUUCUUCAGAUGUUGUUGUCCAGGUUCUAGAUGCAAGGGAUCCACAAGGCACACGGUGUUACCAUUUAGAGAAGCAUUUGAAAGAAAAUUGCAAGCACAAGCACAUGGUGCUUUUACUGAAUAAGUGUGAUCUGAUUCCUGCUUGGGCAACAAAAGGAUGGCUUAGAAUUCUGUCUAAAGAAUAUCCAACUCUAGCAUUCCACGCAAGCAUUAACAAGUCCUUUGGAAAGGGUUCACUUCUAUCGGUUCUGAGACAAUUUGCUCGAUUGAAAAGGGAUAAGAAAGCAAUAUCUGUUGGAUUUGUUGGAUAUCCAAAUGUCGGGAAGUCAUCAGUGAUUAAUACGUUGCGAACAAAAAAUGUCUGCAAGGUUGCUCCAAUUCCAGGGGAAACAAAAGUCUGGCAGUAUAUAACUCUUACAAAGAGGAUCUUUUUGAUUGAUUGUCCAGGUGUUGUCUACCAAAACAAAGAUUCUGAAACAGAUGUUGUGCUGAAGGGUGUGGUAGGUUUCUUUCUGUAUUCUUCAAUUUUAUUUGUCCGCGCCCAGCAAAAAUUUGAGGAUGCUAAGGUGGCCUAUGCGCAGUUGAAGACUGAGUCGGAAACCGCCGCCAAGCGCGCUGAUACUGCCAAGAAGCAAACUAAAGAUGCUUUGGCCGGCAACGCCAUCGUGGAUGGAAAGGUUAUAGGCGAUCCUGAUCCUGAAGUGAGCAGCCUUCCUUUUAUGCAAGAGUCUGACGAUGAGGAUGAGGGUGAGGAUAUGGAGAAAGUUGCUGCGAGCGAAACAACUCAGGGCGAGGGCGUGGAAAAGACUGUCCCCACUGCCAGCGCAGAUAAUCAAGCAUAG